UAAGGAUCAGAGACACAAAAGAGAUGACAUGAAGGAGAUGACCAUCAGCAAAGAGAAGUUCAGCUCAGCCCAGCAGCAGGGGGAAAAGUAUUAGCGUGCUGAAAAGGCUGCACGCUUCUUCAGAUACCGGAGUUGGUCUUCCUAUGGCCUGUCCGUGCAGUUUGAUUUUCUAACGGUCAAUGCAGCUCACCUUAUUUGUGCACACCAGCAGCUGAUGUUACAAGAGAAUAAAGCUCCUUGCAGAAAACACAAACCCAGUGGGGUUGCACACUGCGCUGUGCGACGCGUACUUUGCUUCGGCUUAACUUGUGGUAUCAUGCAGUGUUCGAAGGAACAGUACUGGGAUGGGCUUCUGGGGAACUGUGUGUCCUGCAAGUUUGCUUGCCAGCCACUCAAAUUAAAGGGAUGCGCCGAUGUCUGCAACUCCUUAGAGUGCAGCAAGCAAGAGGGCUCUUACUACGACAAGCUCCUGAGAGAAUGCAUCAAAUGCUCCACAAUCUGUGGACAACACCCCAGAGAAUGUAUGCCUUUCUGCAGAAAGAUCCUUGCAACCUCUUUACCAACACCGGCUGCUCUCCAGCCUGUUCAGCACAAACUGGAGGCCACGUACGACCAACAGAUGAUUCUCUACAUGGUCCUGGGUCUCUCUCUCUGCAUUCUGCUCUUCUCCUUGCUGUUGACUUGGAUUUACUUUCGAAAAAAGAUGGAUGAGAUAUCCUGGAAAGCCAGCCCAGUGGCUUGCCAUAAAAAGGGAGAUCGACCAAAAGAUCCUCUCAUGGAAGCAGGAAGCCUUGGAAGCGAAUCCAGAGGCAGCCAAACUCCAGAGCCUGUGGAAACGUGCGGCUUCUGCUUUCCCGAAGUGAGUCCUGCCGUCCAGGAGACCCGAGCAUGCCCUAGGACGUAUCAGCUAGGGAUGCUGGCUGACGCUGCUGCUGCUGGAGGAACUAUUCCUACCUCCGGAGACUGCCAUUUCCAAAUUAUAUGUUCUCCCUCCCAAGAAAAGAUGCAGAUGACCUAAGCAAUCGACAGUGGGAUACUGCAGGAGCGUGACCCUCCCGUAAGAAAGCUGCUUGAAUUGUUGAGGUCCUUCCCCUACGCACAGGGGAGUAUUUUGUCCUAGGUUAACAGGAAUAGAUCUUACUUUAAGCAAUCAGAAGCAUCUGGUAGGUAAUUGCUUCCUAUCGCCAUUUCAGAUUGCAGAUAGGUCUUCAUUCUCCUCCCUGAAAAGAAUGCCUUGCUAAUAGCCAGCUAGCACUUCAAAGAUAACAUUUCCAUAGUCCAGUCCAGGAAAAGGCAACCUCACGGCCUCCAAAUGUUUUUGGACCAGGCUCUCACAACCCUUUGACGUUGGCUACGUUCAAAAUAUUUGAAAGCGCAAGGAGGCCUCGUGUUUAUUUAUUUAUACACCAGCGGCUUGCAUUAACAUUUUCACUGGCCUGGGAAGGACUAGUUUCUAUUCACACUGAACCGCAAACCCAGAAGUAAACCCCAUUUGUGGCUCCUCUUCUGAAAAGAAGUGGAAAGCAACUGAGGAAAACAAGGAUCUUUGGAAGUCCCAGCUGCUCAGGGGAACCAGCACAAGAGCACUUGAAGGAAAUGUCCAAGUUUCAAGGGAACAGAAUUUGAAAACAAUAAAGUUACUUUUC